AACUCAACAGGAACAACAAACAGGCUUGCAAACAACAAGCGGUUGGGACACGGCGUGUCGAGCAAGUUGCCCACUUGCGCCUCGUUCCGCAGAGCACGUUCAACACAGCUUAUUAUAGAACCACUAUGGCCUAAGUGCUCCCGGUGCGCCCAGACCUGAGCGGUCGGGGCGGAGCUAGACCCUUGCCUUGCGGCAGCUGACAGUAGGCGCCAGGGCUCAACACGCAAGGCCCUGGUCGCUGGCUCAAAGCGUUUUAGGGACAUGGAACACUUAUCAAAAGCCUUUGCGGCCGUUAGCAGGACAGUGCAGUCGGCCUCGGAACUCUUGCGCGACAAGGAGCUGCGCGACAAGGGGAUCCAGACUGUUAUCUCCGGAGCCCAGAGCCGGUUGCAGGGCCUGCAGAAUGGCAUCGUGCAGCGCGCCGGGCGGAUUGGCGAGCGGCUGCAGGACCGGCAGCGGCAGCUGGCGUCCCUGCUGGCCUCCCUGGAGGAGCGGCUGUACAGCAGCCAGCGCACCUGGCAGCUGCAGGCCAGCCGCCGCCAGCGGGUGGACGUGCAGCUGGGGCGCAGCCUGUUCACGGACGCGCCGCAGGAGGUGCGGGCGCGGCUGUGGUACGUGCUGCUGGAGAACCCCAACCUGGCGGCGCCCAUCAAGUGCCAGCACCCGGGGCCGGUGCCCAACCGCCCCUCGGUGUACGACGACGAUGACGACGACGACUCGGCCAGUACGACGCUGGCGGUCUCGGCGCGGGAGGCCUCCACCCGGAGCACCGCCACGGGCGUGAACGACCGAGUCAGUGUCGCGCCGGGCGCAAGCGGCGGCAUCAACACGGGCGUGGCCCGGGCGGCGGGCGCCGCCGCCGCGGCGGCGGCUGCGGCGGACGCCGACGGCGGGCUGGCGCCGAGCAGUAGCAGCAGCAGCCUGGCGGCUGUGGCGGCGGCGGCGCUGGGUUUCGGGCGGAGCACCAGCACGGCCAGCACCAACAGCCCCAGCGUGGUGCGGAAAACUAGCAACAACAACGACGGCGGUGUUGGUGUUGGCGGCAGCGCCGCCUCCGUCACCGGCACCCCUCCACCAACCCGCCUCCGCACCGGCACCGGCGCCGCCGAGUCCUCCGCCGGCGGCAACGACUCCACAGUCAUCCCUUGCGCUGCCGGCGCGCCCUCGACCCCGGCGCCAUCCGCCGUGUCGGCGCCAACCGCCGCCGCCGCUUUCGACGUCGAUGGUUGGGAGUUGGUGGGCGGCGCCGCCGGCCUGGGGUCGUUCGAGACGGCGGGGUUGGGCAUGGGCGGCCUGGGUCUGGGCGGCGGCUCGGGUAUCGGCAGCGGCCCCUCGGCGGGCGCUAUGGCCAUGGCGGUGCCGGAGGCGGUGCGCAUCAUCACGGAGCGGCUGGAGGCGCUGGGUCCCCUGCCGCUGGACGAGUCCCAGGGCUCCGACCCGGUGGCGGUGGCGCAGCAGGCGGUGCUGGAGGCCAUGCUGCAGGUGCCCUGGGAGGCGGGCGAGGGGCUGCCUGCUGACGUGGCGCCCGACAGCCGCUUCGCCAUGCUGAACGAGAUGACGGCGGGCCAGGAGGAGGUGGACGACUCCAUCCUGCGCGACAUCCACCGCACCUUCCCCGAGCACCCCUACUUCGGGCUGGAGGCGGGCCAGCGCAGCCUGUUCCGGGUGCUCAAGGCCUACUCGCUGCACGACCUGGAGGUGGCGUACUGCCAGGGCAUGGCGUUCAUGGCGGGCGUGCUGCUCAUGUACGUGCCGGAGGAGAUGGCGUUCAGGCUGUUCUGCCGGCUGAUGGAUGGCGAGGGACCCAACCUGCGCCGCCUGUACCUGCCCGGGCUGGAGCCGCUCAAGGCCGAGCUGGCCACCUUUGAGCUGCUGCUGAGCUGGCGGCUGCCGGAGUUGGGGGCGCACCUGUCCGAGUUCGGGCUGCCGCCGGUGCUGUACGUCAGCCAGUGGCUCAUGACGGUCUUUGCCACGCCCUUCCCGCCGCCCUUCUGCGCGCGUGUCAUUGACGUGCUGCUGCAGGACGGCAACGACCGGCUGCUGCUGCGCUGCUCCUACGCGGUGAUGGAGGCGCUGGAGCCGGAGCUGCUGGCCAGGCACGACUUCCAGGCGCUCAUCACCUACCUCAAGAUGGAGCCGGUCAGUUGGGGUCUGGGCCGCCAGCGCGCCAUCUUCGAGUCCGCGCUGGCCUCGCCCAUCACCGACGCCGAGAUAGAGGUGGCGCGAGACACAGUCGCCUCCCGACACCUGCUGGCGGCGGCGCUGGGCGGCAGCGGCGCCGCCGGCGCCGGCAGCGGCAUGGCGGGUGGAGGCGGGGCAGGAGGAGCAGGCAGCGCGUUUGGGGGUGCGGCGGGUGGUGUGCAUGGCGGCGGCGGCGGCAGUGGCGCGGAUGAGCUGGCGGCGUCCAGCGCACCGGGGCCGCUGGCGCAGCUGCUUGCAGGUCAGGACUCCUUCAAGAAGGAGGUGGACGCAGCGCUGGCCAUGGCGGCAGCGGCGGGUGCGGGCGCGGGCGCCGAGGGCGGCGCCGGCAGCAGCAGGGACGGCGCUGGCGGCGCCGCCGGGCCGUCGGGCGCGGGCGGCGGCGCCGCCGCCGCUGGUGCGACGGCCCGCGGGCACGGGCGCGGCGGCGAUAUGAUUGCUAUGGAGGACGAGGGGGACGAGGCACCGGCGCCAGGGUCAGCAGCGGCAGCAGCAGCGGCAGCGGGGAUAGCGGGCCUGGGGAUAGGCGCGCUGGGUGCAGCCGAAGCUUCGGCUGGCGGGCAGCGCAGCGGCCACGGCAUCGGCCACGGCCACGGGCACAGCCUCAGCGGCGGCCGUAGCUCCGCCAUCGACGCCGGCCCCGGCGCCCCCGGCUCUCACCCCCACCCCCAUAGCCGCCACCGCACCUCGCCGCCGGCACCUGACGUCAUGGACGAGCCGCUGGCUGUCGGCGGCGGCGGCGGCGGCGUGGUCAGCGCUGCCGAAGCCGCCGCGGCCCUUGGGCAGCCGCCGGCAGUAGCAGCGGCGGGGCUCUUCGACGACCCGCUGCUGGACGGGCUGGGGCUGCUACAGCCGCACCCGGCGCCUGAGCUGGAUGGCGAGUAUGGGGAGAUGUUGAUGGACGCGGGGUUGCUACUGCCGGAGGUGGGGACCGACAUGGCAGCUGUAGCAAACGCUGCCGGCGGCGGCGGCGCAGGCGGCUUCGGGCUGUUGGACUCCCUGGGGUUAGGAGGCGACACCGCGAUCCAGCGGCCUGCAGGCGGCAACGGUGGAGGUGCAGGUGAUUUGUUGCUAGAUUGAGGGUGCGUGGUUGGAAAGAGUGCAGACCUAGGUCUACAGCCGUGGUCUAAAGCGGAGCUUAUUGCUCUCAGAUAAUGGGACGACGCAGGAAAGCCUUGGUGCGGAAAGAGACGCAAUGCAGAGCAAGUCACUGGCGACGCGUAAGAAACGUGGUACCGUAUGUGCAUGGAUGCGAGCGACAGCAGCAGACGCAGAUAUGGAGGCGCGCAGGCUGUUGCAGAGGGUUUGCAGGCACAGCUUCUGAGGUGCCCGGCACUGGUUAGGCCAGGGACAGGAGCACGCCGUACUAAUAGUUGGUUGGCACAGUACGGUAGUGAGCGACGAGGUGUGAAUGCUGCGUCAAAGUGGUCCUGAUGAUGGCUAGCUGCCAGGGGUUGGCCGGCAGCGCCCCUUUGUGUCCGUGGAGUUGGCUCUGCGCUGUAAUGGUAGAGUCUUAUACGCGGCUGCAUUAGAAUGGGGGGCCUCCACAAAAUGACUGGAGCGCGAACUGCUGAAUGCUGACACGAUGUGCAUGUAAGGACCGAAGUUGGUCCCACCAACAACCAACACUACCGACACACUAAUCGAGCAAGCGCGGUUCUGGAGUGUGGACUUCGGUUGGCCUUCCAGUUCCGUAGCCGCACUAUUGUGUACGAGGGCCCUUUUAAAAGCCAUAA